UCCAAUGAAGGCGCCUCUGCUCUCCUCCCGGCGCAUAAAGCGGACUCACUCACACACACUCAACAUGGGCGAGCGGGGACGGUGCAGCAGCUGAACACCAUCUCACACAACUUCAUACACUCCAUCUCCAUCUCCAACUCGUGAGCGCGCGCGCACGUGUGUGUAUAUGUAUGUAUCUAUGUGCGUGUGUCUGUUUGGACACGUCCGGAGCUGCUGAGGAGAGUCGCCGUCUUUUUCCUUAAACACACAACACGCACUGAGUCCAAUGCUGGAGGCGCAAAGUAAAGUGUCCGCAGGGUCAGUGAUGGAGUUCACCACCGAAGAGGAUUUAGAGGAGUUGUGUCCUGUGUGCGGGGACAAAGUGUCCGGUUACCACUACGGCCUGCUCACGUGCGAGAGCUGCAAGGGCUUUUUUAAGCGCACGGUGCAGAAUAAUAAGAGCUACACGUGUAACCAGAACCAGGACUGCGGCAUCGAUAAGACGCAGCGCAAGAGGUGUCCAUUCUGUCGCUUCCAGAAGUGCCUCAGUGUCGGCAUGAGGUUAGAAGCGGUUCGCGCUGACCGUAUGCGAGGAGGGAGGAACAAGUUUGGCCCCAUGUACAAACGAGACCGCGCUCUGAAGCAGCAGAAGAGAGCUCUGAUCCGAGCAAGCUCUUUCAAAUUGGAGCCCAACCCACCGCUAGUUCACUCCAACCAGGCAGAGUACUCAUUUCCAAGCUCGGUGCCUGGCCUGCUGCCCCCCCUUGGCCCUCCAGACUACGAAUGCCCACCCGUGUGUCCCCCCUCUUUAGGGGUGGCCCUUCAUAGCUAUGGCUCCUUCCCCGCCCAGUAUCAGUACACCACUCCGUCUGUCCCUGGGAGGUCCAUAAAGGCAGAGCAUCCGGACCCAUAUUCCGGUUCUCCGGACUCGUCUCUCGGGUAUUCGUAUGCAGAAGGUUGCAUUGCCGCCUCACCACAGACCAGCCCUCUAAACCCAGCUGUGCCCUCACUUGUUCUGGAGCUGCUUAGCUGCGAGCCUGAUGAGGAGCAGGUGAGAGCAAAGAUCUGCGCCUACCUGCAGCAGGAGCAGAGUGGGCGUGGCAAGCUGGACAAACCCCGCCCCUCCAGCUUACUCUGUGUGAUGGCAGACCAGACGCUGUUCUCCAUUGUAGAAUGGGCGAGAAGCUGCAUCUUCUUCAAGGAGCUCAAGGUCGGAGAUCAGAUGCAACUGCUGCAUAACUGCUGGAGUGAGCUCCUGCUUCUGGAUCACGUCUUUAGACAGGUGCAUCAUGGGAGAGACAAUACACUUCUACUCAUAACUGGACAAGAGGUGGAGCUUGCGGGCGUCGUGUCUGACUCGGGUCUCACUCUCUCGAGUCUCGUGCAAAGGGGACAGGAACUGGCACGGCGGCUGCAGCUGCUUCAGGUCGACCAUCGUGAAAUGGCCUGCCUCAAGUUCCUCAUCCUCUUCAACCCCAACGUAAAGCUCCUGGAGAACCAGGCCCUGGUGGAGAGCGUGCAAGAGCAGGUGAACAGUGCGCUGCUGGAAUACACACUCACCUCGUAUCCUCAGCACGUGGACAGGUUCAGUCAGUUAGUGCUCAGGCUGCCAGAGGUUCGCACCCUGAGCGCCCAGGCUGAGGAGUACCUGAGCACCAAGCACCUGAGUGGAGACGUGCCCUGCAACAACCUGCUCAUUGAAAUGCUGCACGCCAAAAGAGCCACCACCAUCUGAACCAGAGGUGUGUGUGUCUGUGUGUGUGUGUGUGUGUGUGUGUGUGUGUGUGUGUGUGUGUGUGUGUGUGUGCAUUGGAUCACCACUGAGCUUCGAAAACUAAAGGACACUGAGAGCUUUUCUAUUUCUUAAGUGCUAUUAACUCCGUAUCUGAUGUCGUUCGUGCAUCGUGUGUGGCUACUAGAUAUGUGCCAUCUUUAGUUGCCAUGGAAACCAAUUGAGCUUCAUGAUAUUGUUACAAUAUGUAAACAUCGUCUCACGUGGCGGCGAUUCUUUCUGUCGUGGUGAACAGAAAUCUGGAAUUGAGGACACACGCCUUCGUUCUUUACCCUGGCUGAAAAUACUGUUACGCCUGUUUCCAUGGUAACAAUAUAACGUAUAUCGCGAUAGACCAUAUUACUAAUUAUCGGCACGUGUCUAGUAGCAAGAUAUCAAUUCCACUUUGGACAGUAAAAUCACUGAACAUUAUAUAGCCACUGUGAGUUCCUAUUUUUUGGUAGUAUUAUGGAAUAUUCUAUGUUUUUUGUUUUCUUUUACAUCAAUGCUUCAUUCUGGAAUUUUUUUUUUUUAAAUUUCCAUCGCUUUCCCUUUAACAGUCAUAAUGUUAUAAAGGAGGUUAUAAAGGUUGUGGAAACACAACCGAAUUUUGCUUGAAUCUUUGAAUUCUUUACGAUUCCUUACAGUAUUUUAACGUCGCUAACAAGCGUUUUUUCCCCAUUACGUGUUUUUGAGAGCAGACGCCACUGUGCAGUGAAUUGAGAUGUGAAGAAUAUUUUCAGCACUUUGACACAAAGUGAACAGUUUUCUAAAUUCCUGAAUUAAUUUCUCAUUCAAGCUCGGCCCGCCGGAGAAAACUUGCCUUUGUGCGGCUCAUUUUGCAAAAUGUUGCAGAUUCUUAUUUCAAAACCAACGCGUGUACACGACAGCAAUUUGCUAACAAAUACUAGGCAUUCUUUUUCAGGGUUUUGACUUUUCAGAGUUUUAAUAUCGCAAGGUUUCUCAGAUUUAAUUUGUAAUUGCGUGUUUGUGUGUAAAGAUGAAUUCGUUUUGUUUCUUGUUUUUCACAUUCAAAUUUUCCUUUUCAGACACACGAUCGUGCACAGCAUCUGUCUGUGUAAAAAAGAGUCAAAAUAAAAAUCAAGUCAAAAAUCGAAGUUAAAAUUCAGAGAAAAUAAAAUGGAAUUAGAGAGAACAGAGGAAAAAUAAAGAGUUAAAGUAUAUACUUUAAAAUAAUACGUACGGCAUAUAAAUACAAUAUAAUGACUGAUGAUAUGAAUAUAAAUAUGGUGGUAAAAAUACAGUAUGAAAUCCAUGUUGUCUUUGAUUGGACAUGUAAAUUUUUAAUUUAAUUUAAUUAAAUUUUAUUUUAUUAUUUUUGCUUAAAUGUCUUUUUUGAAAAUGACACAGCUCAGCCCACAUGGAUUUUGUAGCUUGCCCGUGAUAUACUAUGAGCAUGUGCUAUAGAGUUUAUAAUGCUUAUUACUUCUUUAAAUACUGACGUAACCUUGUGUUCAAAUUUAUGAUAAAUUCACCAAAAAGGUUAAAAUGCCCUCGGAUUGAUAAAGGCUUAUAAACUUUUACAUAUCUAAACCUUUCUUGUCAUUGUAUGAGUGCUUCUGUAUUCUGUUCUUUUGUAUUUUUAUUUAUUAUUUUCCUACGUUCCUACAAUUUCGAUGCGAUGCGCAAUGUACAUGACCUUUACCUGUUGCUUGAAUAACAACUUCUGCCCAGAAUGACAAGGCUUGCUAUUGAUAUUAUUAUUGAAUUUUGUUUGAGUUUGACUUUUAAAACAUUUUAUUUACAUGUACACUGAAUUCACUAGAAUAUUGCUGUACCAUAAGUAAUGGUAGACAGUUGAAAAGCCACUCGUCUGUUUCAUGCGAAUGCUGUGAGCGAGCUUCAGCUUUAAAUAUGUCCUUGUUGGACAGUCGCAAGUUUGCAUUUUUUUGACGUAUUUAAUAUUUUAUUUAUUGAGUAGAAGCUUUUAUCCACUGAAUAACACAGCACAUCUGUUUUUGGUUCAUGUGGCAAAUCUGACAACCUGAAUAUUUGCCUUGUUUAAUCCUCGGUAGCAUGAAAAAUUAUAGCAAUUUUGCAGUGAAUAGAUUUAUUCCUUUUGUGUAUGAGAAGUGCAAAUACAAAGUGUCAAAACCUAAACAUUUUUAAGAGCGGUAUAAAUCUUAUGCGUUUAUAUUUAAUGUGUUAUUACAUCAAAAAAUUAAUUGGCCACUCAGGUUCCAGUAUGCAAAUGCACUCCAGAGAAUACUAGUUCAAUAUUGAAGGGCGUUUGGCUAUUCAUAAAUUUGGGAUAUUUUGUUGUAUGUAAAAGUGUAUAUAAAAACACUUUUUGUUACAUAAAUAUUUUUCUUUAACUGCCAUGUGGAAAAAUCAAUUUCAAACCAAAAAAGGGCCAAUCAGGGUCCAGUAAGCAACACUACUGUAAGGAGGGGGGGCAUUUCUCUUUUUAUAAAUUCAGGAUUUUUUGUUUUAGGUAAAUUUGUAUAUGCUUUUUCUCACCUAAAUAUUUUUCUUAAACCGCCAUGUAAAAACGUCAAGUAGUUGUUUACUACUAAGAAAAGAUGUUUAAUUUUCUGCAAAACAAAUUUAAAUAUUAGUUCAAAUGUUCAAAACAAAAUUCAAUCUGUUUUCUUUAGCGCUGGUAGAGUGAAGCUAAAUAUGCAGGGGGAAAAAAUGAGAAGAUCUCACUGGAUAGAAUUAUUACAUCAUAAUUUAGAAGGACCAAUCAGCUUCCAGUAUGCAAAUGCACUCAAAGGAACAGUGUAACAUAGAAUAUAAUGUUUAGAAACAAAAUGAUUUUCAGUGACAGAUACAAGCUCACGUAUCAAAAAGAGGCAAACUUGCGAUGAUAAUGUUAAUAAAACAGAAGGAUGUUGAGUUUAAGCGAGCUCAUGACUGACCAGGACACACGGAGGCGGAUGUGAAUCGAUGCGCUGACGAUGUUACUCAUUUGUGGAUAUGUAAUUUCGGAUCCUUUCUCAACUGCAGUCCAUUAUUUCAUCAACCACCUGCGCAUCCUUUUCAACCCUUCACUCUUUUUAAAACACUGACAAAUACCGUGUUUGAGUGCGUGCGUUUAAAGCCGCAGUCAGGAUAGUAGGAGAAUCUCUGUGCCAUAUGUUUUCCACAUUUCACACAAACCCGCGUUCCAUUUCUAUUCAAUUUCAUGCAGCUCGAGGCUCGAGGAUCUUUGUGCACACGCUUCAUGACUGGGACUUUAAUUACAAAAAACAAAAAAAAACAAAAAAUGCAUUUUCACUCGAGCAUUUGUGUAUUUUUGUGUAGUAACGUGUCGAAAACCACACUUCUCUUUCUCUUUUUUUUUCUUUUAUUUUCUUUGUGUUUUUCCUGGAAGAAUGUAAUUGUAAAAAAAAAAAAAAAAAGACAGAAAAAAGGUGUUCUGUCCUUUCUAGUUACAAUCAGCAUCAGUAUUGUUUAGACGGUGGUUUAUUCAGAGACGCAUAGAGGUCAAGAUACGAAGCUAUGAAGCUGAAGACAGAAAUAGUAUUUAUUUAAAUAAUGUCAGAUACAGAGGUGAUAUAAUACGGAAAUACUUCAUUUACUUUAAAAGAAAAAAGAUCUUUUGUGCUUGUCCACAUGAUCUGACUGCAAAGUGCUUUAUUUCUUAUCAAAAUGUGAAAUAAAGAAAUGAAAUCAGAA